AUGAGACAUCCUUUGUCAGAAGUAAUGCCUAGAGCUCGACAUCGUUGGUGCCUAUGGCACAUAAUGAACAAAAUCCUGACUAAGCUCGGUACUCAUACUAGGUAUGCAGAGUUUAAAGAUGUGAUGAAAGAGGUUGUGUAUGAGAGUCUAUGUGUAGAGGAGUUUGAGAGCAGAUGGUUGAGUAUGUUAGUUGAAUAUGAGGUUAAAGAGCAUGCUAAGAGUCAUGAGUGGCUGAGAGACAUGUAUAAGGAGAGAAAUAUGUGGGUGCCUGCAUAUAUGAACAACUAUUUUUGGGCUGGCAUGAAGAUCACGCAGCGGGUAGAGUCGAUAAACUCUUUUUUCGAUGGUUUUUUGGAGAGAAGCACUAAGUUGUUUGAGUUUCCAAAAAAAUAUUGUGAUGCUAUGAAUAAAAGGUGUAGCGAUGAAAAAGAUGCGGACGAUAAUUGUGCGAAAUAUAUCCGUAAACUUGUUACUGGUUUCCACAUUGAGAAGGUCUUCCAGAAGCUAUACACAGACAACAAGUUUAGAGAUGUCCAAAGAGAAUGUGAAAGGCUUUUGUAUUGUGUUGUGAAGGUGGAGAAACAGAUAUCAGAGAAAGACUUAGAAUAUAUGAUGGAAGAUCGUGUAUGGAUCAUUGUCAAAAGGAACUGUAUUCGUGUGUUAGAUACAAACUCUGUGGUCGAUAUUCAUGAGAAAUACAUCCUUCGGCGUUGGCGGAAGGAUGUAUGUCGGAAGAAUAUGCAUGUUACGGUUGCUUCUUAUGAUCCCACAAAGACGGAGGUUGCUAAACGGUUUGAUAAGAUGAUGCUAGAAUUUGAGCCUAUUUGUGAGGAAGCAACUAUAGAGGAUCAAACUAUGCAAUUUGUUGUGAAUGAAUUGCAUAGCCUAGAAACAAUUGUAAGGGAUAGGGUUAAGUUGAUCAGAUGGACACCACAGAGGGAAAUGUUAAGAAUCCCAUAA